CUCCGACUCGGAGGAUAGCAUACCGCCGGAGAUCUUGGAGAGGACUUUGGAACCUGACAGCUCCGAUGAAGAGCCCCCACCUGUGUACUCCCCACCAGCUUACCACAUGCACAUGUUUGACCGGCCUUACCCUCUGGCUCCCCCAACUCCACCUCCCCGAAUCGACGUGCUGGGCUCUGGACCCCCUACAAGCCAGAGACGCUAUCGGAACUGGAACCCCCCACUGCUGGGCAACCUCCCAGAUGAUUUCCUCCGUAUCCUACCCCAGCAACUGGACAUCAUCCAGGGUAACCCAGGGGGCCCCAAGCCUGUGAGUGGAGAGGGAGGUCUGCCUGCCACGGCCAGGCCUGGGCCCCGAGACCAGGAGAGCCGCUGGAAGCAGUACCUGGAGGACGAGAGGAUUGCGCUCUUCCUGCAAAAUGAGGAGUUCAUGAAGGAGCUGCAACGCAACCGUGACUUCCUUCUUGCUCUGGAGAGAGAUCGAUUGAAAUAUGAAUCCCAGAAAUCCAAAUCCAGCAGCGUGGCUGUCGGAAACGACUUUGGCUUUCCCUCUCCUGUCCCAGGAACUGGUGACGCCAACCCUGCUGUGUCUGAAGAUGCCUUAUUCAGGGACAAGCUGAAGCACAUGGGAAAGUCCACCCGGAGGAAGCUGUUUGAACUUGCCCGGGCUUUCUCUGAGAAGACCAAAAUGAGGAAGUCAAAGAGGAAACACUUGUUGAAGCAUCAGUCGCUGGGGGCUGCUGCCUCAACAGCCAAUCUCCUGGAUGAUGUGGAAGGCCACGCUUGUGAUGAGGACUUCCGGGGAAGGCGGCAGGAGGCGCCCAAGGUGGAGGAAGCCCUCAGAGAAGGACAGUAAGAGAUGUCAGCAGCUCCUCCUUGCCGGAGAUGAUCUGACCCGGUGGGGGCAGCCGGAGAGCAACACUAGCCCCCAGCUGAAGGGCCCAGCUGCAGCCGGACAGAUGGUGCUUGAGAACCGAGGCCCAGGGAUCCUCUGGCCACAGUCCAGCCCAGCCACUGCCACUUUCCAUGGGACUAAGAACUUCGGAGUUGCCAUCCUGCCAUUGGAGGAAGGCCUGGGGCCCCAGAGGCAGCAGCAGGUCACAGCCUCUUUUGUGGCCAGGCUUUUCUGUGGGCCAUGAGUGGAAAUGCCGGAACCAACCUCCCUU